CCCCCCCCCCCCCCCGCCAUCCGGCCCUCCCCUCCCCGUGCGGUCGGCGAGAUGACGGUCAAGCUGGAUUUCGAGGAGUGUCUCAAGGACUCACCCCGAUUCCGGGCCUCUAUCGAGAUGGUGGAAGCCGAGGUGUCAGAACUGGAUACCCGGCUGGAAAAGCUCCUCAAGAUGGGGAACAGCCUCCUGGAAAGUGGGCGUCAUUACCUCGCCGCCGGCCGCACCUUCAUCGCCGGCAUUUGUGACCUGGCCCGCCUGGGUCCACCAGAGCCCAUGAUGGCGGAAUGUCUGGACAAAUUCACCCAGAGCCUCAGCCACAAGCUGGACAGCCACGCGGAGCUGCUGGACGCCACCCAGCACACCCUGCAGCAGCAAAUCCAGACGCUGGUCAAGGAAGGCCUCCGGGCCUUCCGAGAGGCUCGCCGGGAUUUCUGGAAGGGGGCUGAGAGCCUGGAGGCUGCCCUGAUCCACAACGCCGAGGUCCCCCGGCGCCGGGCCCAGGAGGCCGAAGAGGCGGGAGCUGCUCUGAAAAUCGCGAGGGCCGGGUACCGGGGUCGAGCACUAGACUAUGCACUGCAGAUCAACGUGAUUGAGGACAAGAGGAAAUUUGACAUCAUGGAGUUUGUGCUGCGUCUGGUGGAGGCCCAGGCUACCCAUUUCCAGCAGGGCCACGAGGAACUGGGCAGACUGGCCCAGUAUCGCAGGGACCUGGGCGCCCAGUUGCACCAGCUGGUCCUGAAUUCGGCUCGAGAGAGGAGGGACAUGGAGCAGAGGCACGUGCUGCUAAAACAGAAGGAGCUGGGUGGGGAGGAGCCAGAGCCAACCCUGAAGGAGGGGCCUGGCGGCCUGGUCAUGGAAGGACAUCUCUUCAAGCGGGCCAGCAACGCAUUUAAAACCUGGAGCAGACGCUGGUUCACUAUUCAGAGCAACCAACUGGUCUAUCAGAAGAAGUACAAGGACCCUGUGACCGUAGUGGUGGAUGACCUUCGUCUCUGCACGGUGAAGGUCUGCCCUGACUCGGAAAGGCGGUUUUGCUUCGAGGUGGUGUCGCCCAGCAAGUCCUGCUUCCUGCAGGCCGACUCGGAGCGCCUCCUGCAGCUGUGGACCAAUGCCGUGCAGAGCAGCAUAGCCACGGCCUUCAGCCAGGCUCGCCUCGACGACAGCCCGUGGGGGCCAGGCCAGGGCUCAGGACACCUGGCCGUGGGCUCCUCGGCCACCAUGGCCUAUGGCGGAGCGGCCAGGGGAAGGGACUCUAGCGGAGCCGGGCACGUGGCAGCCCAGGUGCAGAGCGUGGACGGCAACGCCCAGUGCUGUGACUGCCGAGAGCCCGCCCCCGAGUGGGCCAGCAUCAACCUCGGCGUCACCCUCUGCAUCCAGUGCUCCGGCAUCCACAGGAGCCUUGGAGUUCACUUCUCCAAAGUGCGGUCCCUGACCCUUGACUCAUGGGAGCCAGAGCUGGUGAAGCUUAUGUGCGAGCUGGGGAACGUGGUCAUCAACCGGAUCUACGAGGCGCGGGUGGAGGCCAUGGCCGUGAAGAAGCCCGGGCCCACCUGCUCCCGGCAGGAGAAGGAGGCCUGGAUUCAUGCCAAAUACGUGGAGAAGAAGUUCCUCACCAAGCUCCCCGAGAUUCGAGGGCGGAGAGGUGGCCGGGGGCCCCCCAGGGUGCAGCCACCCGUGCCCCCAAAGCCUUCCGCCCGGCCCCAGCCCGGGAGCUGCAGAUCCAGGCCAGGGACCGCGCACACACAGGCACCUCCUGCCCCCCACCAUCAUGCCUCCACCUCCUACCCAGGGACCGCGGGUCCUGAAGGCCCGCCCACAACCGAGAAAUGUCCUGUCCCGGUAGAGCGUCAGCGGACCGUGCUGAGGGUUUCUUCCCACGCCCUAACAGAGCACCCCUCUGAUGACCUGGACAGCCUCCACCCUGGGGCCCUGCUGUUUCGAGCUGCGGGGCACCCUCCAUCCCUCCCCACCAUGGCGGAUGCCCUCGCCCACGGAGCUGAUGUCAACUGGGUCAACGGGAGUCGGGAGAAUGCCACUCCACUGAUCCAGGCCACAGCUGCCAAUUCCCUUCUGGCCUGUGAGUUUCUCCUCCAGAACGGGGCGAAUGUGAACCAAACGGACAACCACGGCCGCGGGCCGCUCCACCAUGCCACCAUUCUCGGCCACACGGGGCUGGCCUGCCUGUUCCUGAAACGGGGGGCCGAUCUGGGAGCUCGGGACUCGGAAGGCAAGGACCCCCUGACCAUCGCCAUGGAAACAGCCAAUGCUGACAUCGUCACCCUGCUACGACUGGCAAAGAUGAGGGAGGCCGAAGCGGCCCAGGGCCAGGCAGGAGACGAGACGUAUCUGGACAUCUUCCGCGACUUUUCCCUCAUGGCGUCCGACGACCCGGAGAAGCUAAGCCGGCGUAGCCACGACCUCCACACUCUCUGAUCCCAGGAUUUCGCGGGCCCGCGCCCCCAGCCCCCUCUCCCCCGCCGCCCGCCCUUUGGUCAUUAAAGCCGCUGUGCAUUGCG